GGACGGGGAAAAUGAGGAAAAACGUGAUUAGAUGGUAGAUGACAAAAUAAAUAGGACAUAGGAGUGUCGGUGAGGCACCGAAGAGAGAGAGAGAGAGGGUGAAAAAGUUUUGUCAACCGGUGCGGACAUUUCUACAAACUUUAAGUUCGACGUCCUCGUAUUUUGUAUAUAAUAUAUAUAAGCCCAUGUAUAUAUUGUAUAUAUAAGAUGUGAGAAGGGAUUUUAUGGCAUACUUAAAGCAUUUUAAAGUGGUUAAAGCUAUCUAAAUUCUCUCGGAAAUUAUACAUUAGCAUCUUUUUAAUUCACACUUGUUAAUGCAACUUGUCUAAAUAGUUCUACAUUCUACAUAAACAUACACACAUGCUUGUGUGUGUUUAUCAAGCACGAAUGCCUAGCAACCUUUUGUGGAACCUUAGGGUUCGAAGAAAUCUUGACUGGAAAAUACUGAUUUAGCCCCUGGUCAGCCUUGGCUCAUUAGACCUGUUGAUCAAAGAUGGAUCCACACUUUGACAGACUAUGUCAUUGGCUCAAACAAAUGGAGCUGGAGCAAUAUGCACCAUUAUUCAAGAAAAGUGGAAUAUUUAACCUUGAUCAGUGUGCACACCUUAAUAGUGAGAAAUUGGAUAAAAUUGGUGUUAAUCUUUCUGGUCAUCGUAAACGAAUCCUUGCAAAUCUUCCCAAUACAAAUGACUACUGCCUGGCUGCAAACUUAUUUCCUGAAAGUCUUGAAUCAGCGAAUCCUCCUUUACUUCCUCCAAAAAUCAAACCUGUACACCGUAAAGAUGCAGAUGCACUCUUUGGUGUAUCUACACCAGCUAAUAAUUCUGAAUGCAGUUCACACUUUGAGAAACCAGUCCCUAAGCCACGAACAACUGUUAAGAAAACAAGUGAGGAGGAAAUCCUUCGUCCUGUUCCCAAACCACGGGUUAGAACUUCUACUCCUGUUCAUGAACUUGAAUCGAAAACAACUGGUGCAAUUAUUACACCAGUUGCUUCUACAACAGAAAGUUUAAAUAUAUCAAUGAGAGGUAAAGCAAAUGGAUCCCAAGGACCCGAACAACCAACUUUUAGGAGCCAUUCAACCCUGCUAGCAUUCGACCCUCUUUUUACAGGAGAAAUCAAUAACAAUGACAGCAGUGAUGCAAAAAAACUUAAAAGCUGGACUGACACUGAUAAAAACAUACCUGUCAGUGAUUCAGAUUCUAGUGAAAGGGGUAAAUCAGAGGUAUAUGAGGAUCUUUGGUGUUUAAAAAGUAAAAAACCAGUUGAAUCUUGCCCAAAGAAUGCUGUUUCUGAAAAUGAAAAUAAUUGUGAUAAUCAGCUCAGUUCUGAUGAGGGCCCCUGUGAAGAAUUUGAUAUGAAACCCCCUCCCUAUCCUCCUCCUCAAUUGCCUUUGAAUCAAGCUCCUCCAAUACCACCAAGAAUUAAUGAGAAACCUAAAUCUAUUGAAGAUGAUGAUGACGACAUUAUUGAUGCAUUCCCGAACAAUGAUCCAUUUGUGGAUUUUAGUUCAGAAUGUGAACGCUUCAAUAAAAAGCCUUGUCCGACAAUUGGUGAUAUGGAAUUUGAUCCCUUUGGACAUUUUCGGAAUACAUUUUGUCCCAACACCAGGCCAUAUCCUUACCCUUCAUUGUCUAGUUUAGGCGCUAUGAGUCAAGCAGGUUCAGUCCUACUGGAUGGCACCUUGGAAGAUGAUGACUCCACUAGUGAUGAAGAAUCAAUUGUUAACGUUAGUUUGACAUCGUCAACAGAACGUAUCGCUCCAGGGGGAGCUAAAAUCACAUCUGGUGUCAGUUCGCCACGUUCAUCAGAAAGAAGUGGUUACCUCUACAAACAAGGAGGAGUUCAGGGUAACAAAGGUUGGCGAAAACGGUGGGUGAUAUUCAAUGGCAAUGAUUUGCGAUAUUAUGUCAGUCCCAAGACACAAAUAUCAAAACGAAUAAUUCCUGUCUCUUGUAUGCAAGAUGUACAACAAGAUAUCAAGGAUACACAAUACAAGUUCAUUUUGAAAACCAAAUAUCGCAAUUUCUUGUUUUAUGCUGACACUCUUGAUGAUAACAUAUUGUGGUGCAGUACAUUGAUUGAAGCAAUACAUAAAUACAAGCCUCCUGCAAACGGAUUCGUCGCUGGUGGAAAUAUGAGUUAUCCUGACAAAAAAGGAAUUAUCAAGUUUGAAAAUGAAAGGGCCAAAAUCUUUGUAGCACUGAAAGGCAGUAUUCUAUGUUAUUACCACAAUCAAAAGGAUUAUGAAAUUGCUUCUCCAAUUCAUGAGAUUGACAUGAAAUUGGCAGCAGUGAAAGAACUUGCUCGAAAUAAACUUCAAUUAUGCACGCAUUACUGCAACAUAAACAUGAUAUUUGAUAACACUCAGGAAAUGAAAGGAUGGAAAGUGGUGUUGACUAAUGCAAUUGACUCUGCACUAGUAGAUUUACAGAUUGCAAGAAAAAUCUGGGAGAACAAUAGCAACAAACAUUGUGCUGACUGUGGAAUGGAAGAACCAACUUGGGCUGCUAUAGACCUAGGCAUGGUGUUUUGUUUGAAAUGUUCAGGAAUUCAUCGAGAUUUUAAUGUGGUGAAGUCAAUGACUUUGGAUGUUAAAGUAUGGACUACAUCACUAAUAGAAGUACUUCUUAGAAUUGGCAACGAGAAUGCAAAUAACUUUUGGGAAUUUAAUAAAAAUCCAGACUUUGUCAUUGACUGGGACACGAAUGAAGCAGAACGUAAGCUGUUUAUUGAAAAUAAGUACAAGAACAAAGCUUUUGUCAACUAUUAUCAUUGUUAUAAAAACCAUGAAGAGCUAAAUGAGGCCCUCCUAAAAGCUGCACAGGAAGAUGAUAUACUGAAGACAAUGAGAAUUCUGUAUUCAGGAGCAGAUAUAAAUUAUUAUUCACCUAACAACCCUAACAUGACAGCUUACCAACUUGCUAAAUCUUCUGGGCAGAGACUACAAAUAGAAUUUCUUCUUCAGAACCAGUGUGAGAGAAAGCUUAGUUCGCAGCAGGAAUCAUGCGAUGAGUUAGCAUUGUCUUCCAAACGCAAUGGGGUCAACUAUGAAGGAUAUUUGCUCAAAACUGGUGUCAAUAUGAAAGAAAAACGUGCAUCUGUAUUGAUCAAAUCCCGUGACUUUCUUCGGCGGUGGUGUCUGCUAGAACAUGGUCGACUUAGUUAUUACGCUGACAAAAAGAAUACUGCUGCACGUGGUAGCAUUGAGAACACUCAAAUGCUGGUUAUACAGGCAACACAUACAGAAAAAUAUAAACAUUCCUUUGAGCUUAGCACAACACAAAACAACAACAGAAUUUACCAAUUUGCUACAGAUGAAUUAGAAGAACAGACGAAAUGGAUGCAGGCAAUAGCGAAGGUUUUCAGUCCAAACGAAGGUUUCUCAAAAAUAUCAGAAUCCAUGUUUGACCUUGCUGGCAUCUUUUAUAUCAAAUGGCACGGAAUUGAAUGGACCAAAAGCUGGAUCAUGGUGUCAGGAAAAGAUUUAACAUAUCUAACAAAUGAAAAAACAUGGGAACAUCUAGAUUUAAGGAAAACUGUUAAAAUGACCAAAAUUAGCACACCUGAUGAAAGGUGCAUUGGUGCAAUACAAAAUAAUGGGCACUGCUUUGUAGCUGUGUUUCCUAAAAUAGCUCUUUAUUUACAAGCUGACUUACAGCAUGACACUGAACGAUUAGCAACAUUGAUGCAAAAAGCAACAGUUACAUGCCAACGGUUCUUUAAUGACCAGCAACUGACUGCUGAUGAUAUCCCAGUCAUUGUAGAUAAGUGUAUCAAGUUCAUUAUGACAAAUGGAUUACACGAAAGUGGUAUCUAUCGCCAAAGUGGUGUUAAGUCUCAAAUCGCGAAGUUAUUAGAGACAUUCCAUACCGAUGCUCAAAAAGUACAACUGGUGGUAGACACCAACAAUCUUCCUACUGUUACUGGUGUUCUAAAGAGGUUCUUCAGGGAAAUGGCUGACUCACUUCUAACCAAAAAUCUUUAUGAGAAAUGGAUUAAGACAGCAGAAACUGAUGAUACUCAAGCCAAACUGAAUUGGUACAAAUACUUAAUUAAAGAACUGCCACCUGUCAACCAAAACACAUUAAAGAAACUGGUUACACAUCUUUGGAGUGUUGCUGAGAAUGAGCAUUCAAAUAAAAUGGGUAUUGACCAAUUAGCAAUUGUGUUUGGUCCAACCCUGAUGUCAGGUGGAUCCAGCCAAAACAAUUAUUCCAAUACAAAUUCUGAGAUUACUGUUAUUCGUGAACUCAUCAAGUACCAUGAACGCUUGUUUGAAUUGCCAGUCAAAAAUAAAGAGAUUGAGAAAAAAAUACAGGAAGCUUGUGAGAAGAUGGAAAAUCUGAAGAAGGUUUCUGUGGUAUCUGAUUCUUUGCUGCUUCAUUUGUAUGUGGGUGUCUACGAUUCUCAACCAAUAGCAACCACUGUUUCCUGGUCUAUGAAUAGUGGAGAUGUUUUAGAAAGGGUUCAACCUAAAAUUUGUCUGAAGGGCGUCGACUGGAUUCUUUAUGAAACUGUCUGCAAUGGAACACUAGAACGACCAAUACAUUCUACAGAAAAUAUAGAAGAUGUUCUCGGCCAAUAUAAAUUCUGGGAUGAAACUGAUGCUCGAGAGACUCGUUUGCUGGUCAAACAGUCUCAUCUGUGUCUCAACUUCAAAGAAUAUUUUGAUCCCAGCAAAACUCUUAUGGCCGAGCUUGAAUUUUGUGAAAAGAAAGUGUGUCGCAAAUAUUGGUUUGAAUUUUCCCAAGCUAAAUUGUCUUAUUAUAAAGAUACAAAGGGUUCACCAAUAGCCACGUGGCGAAUAGAAGAUUUGAAUAUUUACAUGGGAAUUGAGAAAAACAGAGAUCCAAAACUACGCCCUGGUUUUACUUUUGUUGUGAAAAAUGAGAAACAGAAAAGGUCAAAAGAUACACCCUAUUUUGGCAAAGCUUUAUACUUCCCUACAAUACAUGAUAUGUAUGUUUGGUAUGCUGGUAUGAUGUUUACAAAGCAUUGUUGGUUAGACGUUAUUAAUACGUCAAUCCGUACCACGCGGCAUUUCCAUUGGUGAGAGAAACUGUGCAGCUUGGGUGAAUAAUACCACAAGUAUCCAACGGUGUGACCAACAGGUCUUGGUAUCUUGGAGUCUAUUACUUGUCACCAUUUGUAUGGAAUGAGCUAAGUUCUGCACAAGUUUGCAGCAUGUCUUGCACACCUUUCCAUGAUUAAUAUUCUGAGAAAAAAAUCACAUCAGACCAAAACUCAUGCUUUUUAUAAGAGUCAUUCUGAAUUAUACACUCUGAGAUUUAGUGAUUUGUCAAAUUGGAUUUUAAUAUUUCUAUCAAUAUCUUUAAAAUCCUAUCUGUCCAAUUAUAUUUAAAUAAUAAAAUAUAACAAAAUUUGAAAAAAAAAAAAACACAAUGAAAUUUAAAAUGAAAAUAUACAACUGCAUCUGAAACAAAACCAUUGUACAUUUCCUUCUUAUUGAUGUCACAGAACUGCUUUGGGCCAAGCAUUGAUGUUUAUUCUCAACAUGGAUACAAUUGUCAACAAAGAACAAUUGAAAUCUAUAAAAAUCUUGAAGUUAAUUGAGUGGGAAAAGUUAGUCAUUUGAGAUGACAAAACAUUGACAUUUUGAUCGAAGAUUCCAAACACAUGAACUAGUUUAAAUUAUGGAUUACAAUCCAUUGGAUUAUUAUUAUUAUUAUUUUUAUUAUUAUUAUUAUUAUUAUUUUUAAAUGUGCAUGUACAUCUCUGUGUAUUUGUGCAUCUGAAAUUCUUCACCAAGCUUUGAUCUUUUUAAUGGCUUCAAAAGAGGGGAAAUUAAUCAAAACCAAUCCUGUUUUUGCAGUGCUAACGUCAUCUCAUUUCAAAGAUAAGAAAAAGAGAAGAAGGAAACAAAGGGAUGGGGGUUGCGGGGAGACCUUGCAAAAUAAACCAAUGUUUCUUCUUCAUUUUUUUUACUUCGUCCUCUUCCAUAUUGUAAUUUCCAUCCUAAUUUUAAUAAUUCCUUUAAAACUUUUAAAAAUGCAAAACAACUUCAUUAAAAACUGGAAGAAAAAAGAAAAAACUGUCUGAUGCUGUGAUAAACGCUGAUAUGCAUUAAAAUGUGUUUCUUCCUA